AUGCCCCCUAGUUCGACAACUACCAACGGAGAUAUUGAUCUGAUAUUUUCCCUAAGUCAUCAUCUAGAUACGCCCUCGUCAUUGUCAAUUUCUUCAUCUUCUGCGAGACCUACCUCGUCACCAAUUGAUCAAGAUCCAGAAGUGGCGAAAGUAUUUCAAGAAAUAUGUAUGGCAUGUCGUACUGGAGAUAUAGAAGUAGUUGAUUCAUUAUUAUCUACACCUAAUCUUGAUAUAAAUCAAGUUGAUGAAUAUGAUUAUUCCCCUUUAAUUCUUAGUUCAUUAUGUGGACAUUUUAAAAUUGUUGAAUUAUUAUUAAGUAGAGGAGCUAUUUGUGAUAGGGAUACUUUCCAAGGAGCUCGUUGUAUUUAUGGUGCAUUAACUGAUGAAAUUAGAGAUUUAUUAGUUAGUUUUGAUAUUUCAAAAGCAAUUGAUGCAAGUCAACCAUUUGCUGGUCAUAUUUCUUCCUUGUUAAAUCCAUUAUUGAAUUCAUUGAAUAAUGAUAUUGUAUUUCAAUUUAAACAACCAGGAUUACCUAAAGAUUUGCAAUUUUUUAACCUUCAUAGAUUUUUAUUAGUUGCAAGAAGUCCUUAUUUUAAAGAGAAAUUAUUAAAUGAUUGGAGAAACUUGACAGUUGUUACUAUGCCUAUGAGUGUUGAUCCCUCGGUAUUUAAACGUAUUGUGGAUUAUAUUUAUCUUAGGACUGAUUCGGUAAUCAACGACUAUUCUCUGAACAUGCAAGAUCAGUUGUUAGCUUUAGCACAAAUGUAUAAACUUUAUGAUUUAAUUGAAGGUAUUGAGGAAAUUCAAAGCAUAAAAGAUGAAAAAGAAAAGGCUAAAAUAAAUCAUGAUCUAUCAUUCAAGUUUGUUGAAAAGGCAAGAAAAGAUUUGGAUUCGUUUUUAAUUAAUAAUAUUUUAAAUGAAAAAUUAUCCAGUGAAAUGGAUUUAAAGGAAGAUAUCGAUCUUGAAGAUAUAGAUUGUCAUGAAUUUAUAACUGAUUCUCAAAGAGAAACAUUACUUGAAUCUGAUUCCAUCCCUGAUGUCAUACUUUCAUGCGUUGAUUUAGAUACUGAAUCGGUGAUCUACUAUCCCGUGAAUAAAUCCAUCAUUGCAAGAUCUGAAUAUUUUGAUACCAUGUUUAAAUCGGAAAUUUUUCUUACUGCUGAAGAGGAUUUACCAAUGUAUAGAGAAUUUGGUAUUGAAGUUGUUAAUCGUCCUCAAGUUGAUAUUGAUCAUUUACCAAUGAUUCAGCUAUCUACAAGUACAUCAUAUCAAAAAGUUGCAGAAAUGGUUUUAUCUUAUUUAUAUCAUGAUGAUGUUCAUGAUAUACCUUUAAAGUUAUCUAUAGAGUUGCUAUUUGCUGCCGAUGAAUUGUUUCUAGAGAGAUUGAAGACUAUGAGUGCAGUUAAUAUAACAUCACAAUUUCAAAAAUUUACUUUUGGGGAAUUCCAAUCAUUAUUUGAUAAAACCGAUUAUGAUGCCUAUGAUUUGAUACGAGCUUCAUGGCAAACAAGAUGCGAUAAAUUAGAACAACACAUUACUAAAAUGAUGGCAUAUAAUCUUCCUGAAAUAUUCAACAAUCCAAAAGAACGUUCAAAAUUUUCAAAACUUAUUAAAGAAUCAGCUGAAAGAAUUAAAGAAAGACAAGAUACUGAUACUAUUGAGUUGGUUGAUGAUAUAAGAUACUACCUAGCUAAAAAAUAUGCCAUUAAUCAAGAAACCGAAUCUUUUGAUCCAACGUUUAAAGAUGAUAACUACUCAGAUGAUAUUAAUCUAUAUAAAAAUGCAUUGAUUCAAUAUGAAAAAGACAUUGAAAUUAUAGAUUAUCUAUUGGAUCUGUUACAAUUGGAUGCUUAG